AUGACUAACCGAGUCAACCAGGAUGACCUAGUGGUCUUCGCCUCUCCCAUGGAGCAGAUAUUGGCAAAAAGACUAGCUGACAUAAAGGCAGCGAUGAGGCGCAUACCAGGAGUGCCAAUCCCAACCAAAAAGAGCCAACCUUACUGCUAUGCCGAUUCACCCUUUGUGGAUGCAAUCGCGCUAGCCGAGAUGCCUCACAAAUUCACCAUCCCCAGCAUGAAGCCCUACGACGGCACAACCGACCCAGAUGACCACAUAGCCUUCUACAAGCAGCGGAUCUCAUUCGCCCAACUCGUCGACACCUUCAUUGAACAAUUCGCCAGCAACAAGAAACUUGAGAAGCUAUCGACCGACCUAUACAGAGUCUACCAGAAGAGGGGGGAGCCACUGAGAAAAUACGUCAACAGAUUCAACAAAGAAAAUAUCUCCAUCCGGUCUUGCAAUCCAAAGAUGACAGUAGACACCUUCAGAAAAGGUCUCCUCCUAGAUGGAGAACUAUACAAAGACCUAAUGAAGCUCGGCUGCAUCACAAUGGAAGAAACCCUAGCCAGAGCUAUGAUUCAAAUAAGGUGGGAAGAAGAUGAGAUGAACCAGAUGAGGCAUGCCAGAUAUGAUAACCAUCACCAAAGACGGAAUGAUAGAAGAUCAGAGUCUAGAUCGAUUGAGCCCCAUUAUCAACCCCUUCCACGUAAUCUGAACAAAGUCAAAAAACCAUAUGACCACAAGCUAGCCAAAGCCGACAAUAGACCAUCUGUUUCGAACCAAAACAAAGUUCCAGAGUUUAACCUUAACGUCGAACCAGCUCAGGUUGUUGCAAUCAUGAAAGGGAUGGGACCUACCGUUAAGUGGCUGAACAAGCUUAAUCCCAAAGUGAGGAGGGACACGACCAAGUGGUGCGAAUUCCAUGGUGACCAUGGUCAUAACACUACAAAUUGCAUCGCCCUAUGA